AUGCUGGAUGGGGAUAAAUCAGUAGAGGAUCUCAAUAAGGAGACCAAAAAACUAAAUGCGGAUACUAUAAAUCCUGAAAUGAAUGAUCAAUCACCACCUCACCACGAGGAAAGAUCGAAUGACCUACUAAAUGACUCAAAAGAGCAGAAUGCAGACCUCGAUGAUUUGGAAUAUUCAGAAAGUCCAUUGCCAGGCCUCGAGAUCAGAUCGGAGAUUGCCCUAGACCAACAAAAUAUCCCAGACCUUACCCUUUCACGUGAGCAGACUCCAGAUACCGACUUCUAUGACGAUGAAGCCGCAUCGACAUACUCUGAACUGGCGCAGGGCACUCCACAACCAGAAGAGACACAUAAACGACCAGCUGGCGGGCUCUUAGAUACUAAUAGAGCUGUAAAGAGGACAAAUAAUCAUACUGAACUUGUGAGUGAAACUUCUGGUGUUCAAAUGUCGAAAAGUCCUAGCUAUGACCCAGAAAAUCCUGCUGGAGUGAAGGAAGAGAAAAUUCGUCGAAGAGUAGCAGCUAAGGUGAUUGACAAGUUCUGGAUGCCGUUGGAUAAUGAAGCUUUCCACUCGUUUGAAAACCUAUGUAAUAUCUCGCUUAACAAGGUCCUUGAGAGGUACGAUGGGUUGGCUAAUCCUCACACCAAGGUUGAAGAGACACAACGAGUGAUCCUGAAUAGUUGGCUUAGCACUCGGCAUCCAAGGUCGUUCUUGGCUCGUCUACAGAUGACCAAAUUGCCUCCACUCAAGUCAUUGCAAGUUCGCAUGAAAGGAGUCAAGACCAACAGCCAGGAUUCUCUCAAUAUUGACCUGGUGAUUCGACAGAAGAAGGUCAGCGAGUCAUAUUUGCUGGCCGAAUUGGAACAGCUCAAAAGUCUCGAGACUUUUCAUAAAAAUCUCAAGGCAAUGUACGAGCUGGAUGCCAAGUACCUCCAGGACUUCAAGAAGAGCACCUCGGCACUUCAAGCAGAACAUGCACAGGAAAAACAGGCUAAAAUGGCCGAGUUACACUUAGAGGCUUCUGGCGCUCCAUUGGAAGACAUUUCGUUUCUGAACAAACCUUCUCUGACUCUGAAUAAGAGCUUCAAUCCGAAUACUGAUUCUGAUGUGCUACAGAUUCUACAGGACCUCGAUCGGCAAAUCAACGCCAGCAAUGUGCCAACGAAGAAAUUACUUGAUCUCUGUGAUCAAUUGGAUUCCAUUUAUUCCAAGCUUAAUUCCGGCAAGCUCAAAAGCAACAAGCAUUAA